AUGAAUACUGCAUUCCCAGUUGUCCCGGACUCGUCCUACCUUCUACAUACUUUCAACCUGACGGUGCCGACAGACUCUACUUCUUUCGGUAACUACUACAUGAACCAUGAGUUCCAGCUUCCGUGGACUUACUACUCGCCACCAGCAGCUGAUUACUCCGCCUUUUUCCCAACUCCAACUUCAUCUCCAUUCACGUCUUCAGCGUCAGACUCUGGCUCUUCUCCUUCUUCAACUAUCACUCCGAUCUUUGCAGUAACACCCCCCUCUGUCCCAAUCGUUAUCCCGGAGAAGACAACGGUAAAAUCGGUGAGAUUCUGCACAAAUUGUGGUACUACCGAAACGAAGAAAUGGAAAAAUGUGAAGACUAA